UGGCAGCAACAACAACACUCAGAGAACAGGAGAGAAGUCUCGCCCCUCCACUCUCAGCAGCAGCGGCAGUAGCAGCGAUAGCAGCGGCAGCAGCAGCAGCAGCAUCACCGGCUCCGGGUGGCAGAAAGGAGGAUGGUCCAGCAGAAAAGCAAUCUAGGGUGCGAAUGACAGUGAUACGCUAAUGGCGUAUGAUUUCCGUUGGUUAACGAACGUGCAACUGGCAACCAAGUAUAUCGACCGUGGAAGGAUAACACUGAACCAUGUUGCUCUAAGUUGUGACCUGUGGUGAACGGGGGAGGAGGAAGAGGAGGAGGGAGGUGUAGGCAGGCAGGCAGGCAGAGGGGCAUCUGCCACAGCUCCCUUGAGGUGGCAUAUUGCAAGCUUGGGCGAUGGGCAACACAGCCACCAAGUUCCGCAAGGCCCUGGUGAGCGGCGACGAGGCCCUUGCCUGGCAGCUCUACGAGGGCAACCCUCAGUUCAGGGAGGGCCUCGACCCAAAUGCAUCGUACGGGGAGCAGUACCAGCACAACACAGCUCUGCACUACGUCUGCCGCCAUGCCAUGACGCGUCUACUAAGGUCCUUCCUGUUCAGCAAAGAGGGGAACCCCAACAAGCGUAAUGUGCACAAUGAGACGUGCCUCCAUGUGUUGUGCCAAGGCCCGCAGAUCCUACUGCUGCCAGAGGGAGCGCUGUUUCCGCGACUGGCCCGACCUCAGAGAGAUGAGCAGCGCCGUGCAGACUGUCUCCAGAUGAUCUUAAGCUGGACUGGGGCCAGGCUGGAGAGAGGCCAGUAUGAGAAGGCCAACGUCAAUGCCACCGACAACCACAACAGCACCUGUCUGCACUACGCUGCUGCUGCAGGCAUGAAGAGCUGUGUGGAGCUGCUAAUCCAGAGUGAGGCGGACCUUUUUGUGGAGGAUGAGGAUAAGCUGACGCCAUGUGACCAUGCCGAGCGGCAUCACCACACUGAGCUGGCCCUCAGCCUGGAGUCGCAGAUGGUUUUUUCCUCCUCUUCGUCUCAGCAGUCAAACUCAGACUCACAUGGUGAAACCAACCUUCUGCAAUACAAGGAGCCAUAUGAAGGACUAAAGCUUCAGGACCUGCGCAGACUGAAGGACAUGCUGAUUGUGGAGACGGCAGAUAUGCUGCAAGCCCCGCUUUUCACUGCUGAGGCACUGCUCCGAGCACAUGACUGGGACAGAGAAAAGCUUCUGGAGGCCUGGAUGUCAGACGCCGAGAAUUGCUGUCAGCGCUCAGGUGUGGCCAUGCCCACCCCACCACCCAGCGGCUACAAUGCCUGGGACACCCUACCCUCACCCCGCACUCCUAGGACCCCGCGUUCACCUCUGACACUCACUCUCACCUCUCCCACCGACAGCUGUCUCACUCCUGGAGAAGACAGCCUCGCUACGUGUGGUAUUUGUCUCUGCUCCAUCUCUGUCUUUGAGGACCCAGUGGACAUGUCCUGUGGCCAUGAGUUCUGCAGAGCCUGCUGGGAGGGGUUCCUCAAUGUCAAGAUUCAGGAGGGUGAAGCACACAAUAUUUUCUGCCCUGCAUACGAGUGUUAUCAGUUGGUUCCUGUGCAUGUGAUAGAGAGUGUGGUUUCCAGAGAGAUGGACCAGCGCUACCUGCAAUUUGACAUUAAGGCUUUUGUGGAGAACAAUCCUGCCAUCCGCUGGUGUCCCGCAGCACGCUGUGAGCGGGCAGUGCGGCUUACCCGGCCAGGCCCUGGAGACAGUGACCCACACGGCUUCCCCCUGCUGCCAUCCCCAGCCGUCGAUUGUGGCAAGGGCCACCUCUUCUGCUGGGAGUGCCUUGGUGAGGCCCAUGAGCCAUGUGACUGUCAUAUGUGGAGGAACUGGCUCCAGAAAGUCACAGAGAUGAAGCCGGAGGAGUUGGCAGGUGUGAGCGAGGCCUAUGAGGAUGCUGCUAACUGUCUGUGGCUGUUGACCAACUCCAAACCAUGUGCCAACUGCAAGUCUCCCAUUCAGAAGAAUGAGGGCUGCAAUCAUAUGCAGUGUGCCAAGUGCAAAUAUGACUUCUGUUGGAUUUGUCUGGAGGAGUGGAAGAAGCACAGCUCAUCAACUGGAGGCUACUAUCGCUGUACUCGCUAUGAAGUCAUCCAACAGCUGGAGGAGCAGUCCAAGGAGAUGACUGUAGAGGCAGAAAAGAAGCACAAAAGUUUUCAGGAGCUAAAUCGUUUCAUGCACUAUUACUCUCGCUUCAAGAACCAUGAGCAUAGUUAUAAGUUGGAGCAGAAGCUGCUGAAAACGGCUAAAGAGAAGAUGGAGCAGCUGAGCAAAGCUUUCAUCAGCCGUACGUUGCUCUUACACCGACUUCCUGUCGUUGGCAGGAGCCGUGUCAGAAAAGUCUUCAAAUGUGAAGGGACUCCUCCAGACACACGGUUUAUUGAGGACGGUGUGUGUGAGCUGCUGAAGACGCGGCGCGUGCUGAAGUGCUCUUACCCAUAUGGUUUCUUCCUACAGCAAGGCAGCACCCAGAAAGAGAUAUUUGAGCUCAUGCAGACUGAUCUGGAGAUGGUGGUGGAAGAUCUGGCGCAGAAGGUGAACCGGCCAUAUCUGAGGACGCCGUGCCACAAGAUAAUCAGCGCAGCCCGGCUAGUGCAACAGAAGAGGCAGGAGUUCCUGGCGUCCGUGGCUCGUGGCGUGGCCCCCAACGAUUCUCCUGAGCUUCCCCGCAGAAACUACCCUGGAGGAUCAUGGGACUGGGAGUACCUUGGUUUUGCAACUCCUGAGAUGGGGAGUCGUCACUCUGUACUGGGACCUGAUCAAAGAGAGAGACCGUCACAGGAUUAUGCUGACAUUCAGUACCGCCGUAGACACAGGCCACGGCGCAGAGGAGAAAUGCUGAGUCUGCUCAACCUUAGAAGCAACAGCAACACACCAGAGACCAGCAGGAGGAGCGACAGCACAGAAGGUUCAGAGAGGAGCGAAGGCCGCAGGAGAGUGCUGGGCUCGCUGGAUGAAGAUGACCCAAACAUCCUUCUGGCCAUCCAGCUGUCACUCCAAGAUUCCCGCAGGGAGCGAGGCCUGGAGGUAGGGAAAGAGGGGAGAGCGGAGCUGGAGCGUGGACUGGACAGGGAGCCUGGUCCAGCAGGAGACCUUGGUGAGGUGGUGUUUCACUCCCUCAACGCAGAUGCUCCUCCAGGAGCCAGAGGCUCGUCCUUCCCCGCUUCUCUCCUGGAUCCUCCUCGCCCCCCUAACAGGACAGACUCCACCUCCCAGGCUCUCACCUCUAACCCACUCCCCCUCCCUCCCCCACCCCCCUCUCUCAGUGCGGAGCUGCUGGAGUUGGGAGAUAGCCUUAUGAACCUAGGUAACAUAACCACUCCAUACGACCUAAACCCGCACACCCAGGAACAACUGUGCUCACACUACACGUACUGCCACAGUCCUCUCACUGCUGACCCUGCGUACAGCGACCGCAGCCAUAGACAAGAUCAGAAUGCAGCGCUCGACCACAUCACCAUCAUAGAUCCUCAUUAUGACGGCAAAGAGCAGAGUUAUUGCCACUCUAGCAGUUAUUUGGUGGAAGAACACACUUCCUCCAGCAUACUAGAUCAUAUCCCAAACCCCACACAAAGCCACACCCUUCCUUGUACUUAUGACCUGGAAAAUGCGGCCACAUAUGAUGGCAAUCAAAAACCAGACGGCUGCCAAGAACACAGGGGCUCUUACACUCAGGAGUGUCCCGCUGCCUACGCUCUUGAACGCCUUCCCAAAACAGACCCUCAGCCCCCUGCCCAGUUGUGCCUCCCGUCUACAGAGCUUGAGCCGGAUCUACUGCUUUCACCGGUGAUCCCCCCAGGGGGCCCUUUAACACCCAGCGACCCACAAAGUCUGGACGCCCUUGACCCCACAGCCAGUGCCCAGCUGCUGGACAACAUCAUGGCCUGGUUCAACAACAACAUCAACCCACAGAACAACCCACAGAGCCUGGCCCUCAUCCCCUCCCCGCCCACCACAGAAACUGAGUCCUCCCCCGACACACACACCGAGACUGAGAGCCAGGCCUCCAGGGCCGUGACCCCCGCCCCGUUCUGGCAGCCCCUGGAGGGUGAGCCAGAUGUGGACACGGAAUCAGUAAGUCCCUGUUCAGGUGCUGCCGGCGUGGACGGCCCGAAGACACCGAGACCCAGCACUCUGGAGCUGGAAAACAGAGAGGCUGGCAAGGAGAGUGUGGAUGGAGGGUGUGUGGCAGACCUGUCGCUGGACGAAGCGCACACACACCCUUGCUCGCAUUCCCAACAUGGGAACAGCCCCACACACACUGCCCUUGCCACAGAGACAGACUUAGACCAUGUUCCUCAGCUGGAGGUGGACCAAUCACCUGAGGAGUGGGAGGAGCAAGUACACCUGGUGUGAUGGAGUCAUAUUUUGAGAGAGAGAGAGAGAGAGAGAGAGAGAGAGAGAGAUGGAAGAGUGGAAAAAAGUGAAGCACUAAUGGAAACGUGUAAUGGUCAAUGACACUUCAGUGAAAAACAAAGGUUUUAGUGGGUUCAGCGUUCACUGUAUGUAUUAUAUUGUAUGUAGAGAGGACAAACGCCUUGCAGACUGUCCAGUAAAGAUGAUGUCAUACUUAAGUUUAUUAUUUUUAUUUAAAGUGCUAUUCUUAAAAAAAAGAAGAAAAAAAAGAAACUAAUGAGUGUUCAUCAAUGGAAAGCUACUGAUAUCACCACCACAUAAAUGCUGCACAUGUUUUUCUUAUUUUUCUAUUGUAUUUAAUUUAUUUUCCUGCCUCCUGUGUGUUUUGUUUUCUCUGUUUGGGGUGAAGUUUUGGUGCUGCUGAAAUCCAAACUUGCCUUGCAUACUCACACACACACACACACACACACACACACACACACACACACACACACACACACGUGUACGCACGCACACACACACUGACCCAACCACGAGCUUUUGCAGAGCUCCAAGAGCCAAAUAUGAUAAGUGUAAGCUUGGAGCUUGUUAGCGUACUGUACAAUCAGAGGGCCUAAUUCAGAUUUUUGGACCUCCGUGCACACUGUGCCUGCUUCAAGAGAGCCAACACACACCUGAACGUUCCUUUUCAUUAGGCAAGGUUGUCUGAGUUUUGUGGUAAUUCCGUCUCAAUCUACAGAAGAUAAAUGGUUUUCUGCAAAGAGAUCAGCCUCUGCUACAGUAGGAAUUCAGUGUUUGGCUCAAAGGCACUUCAGCAUCACAGGUGCUUGUAUUCAGAGUGGAUUGGUCCCUUUUUUUGUUGGUUGUUUUUUAAACUGCUCACUGCACCAUCACUGCACCAUCCUGCUACUCGUUCAGAGUACAUCGGAAGGAGAUUUUACAUCCAAUGUGUUUCUGAAAUAUUUUGUUUAUGUUCACCAUGGCUCAGUUUUCACAACUGUUUUAAAUUAGCAGAAGACUUUAUGAAUUGAAUAAAAUGUUUACACACUUAAACAAUGAAAACAACUCUCUAUCCUGAGGCAACUGAAUAGCAUUACCUGGAAGGGAUUACGCUGAUCCUCAAUCUGAGCUGACGCAGGUCAACUACUGUAAAAGAAAAAUCAUUUUUAUACCUUUUGUUGUUCUGAUCAUAUCUAUUCCACCACUGAUGCUAGGACACUGUGCAGUUGUUAAUGACUUGGAUAAAGUUGGGUUUUUAUUGUCAUUUGUCAAUUUUCUCAGUCUAGAGAUUAAUUUUUUCCUUUUUUUUAAUCAACAGUUUUUGUUUAUUUGUUUGUAUUUAUUAGUUGCAUUACUUUUUAAAACCAGCUUAAUAAUUUUAGCAAUGAAAGUUAAUGGAGAACAAACCACUCUGGCUGUUGCCAUAAUACACUGAGGCUCUUGAUGCACUUGUUCUUUCAGUCCAGGUUUAUCUUCACUCAACUUCAUUGACACAGAAUACAGGUCCAUGUUUUACCUGAUCAAUCAGCCUCAUAUCAGUUCCCGAUCAAUUAUUCAUACGUUGCGUUUCUAUUUUUUUUAAUUAACAGCCACUUUAUCUGGAUGUUGCCCAAGUCUGGUCACCUUUUGUUUUCGUUUUUGAAAUGUGACUCGGACUCCUGAAGCGUAUCCGUAAUCAUUUACAGAAGAGUUGAUUGAGUGCUUGAUGCUUGUUUGAAGUGAACUACUACGACGACACCUUUCCCCUCUCUGUGUUGAACAUUAGGCUGUGAAUGUGCUGAACAGGUUUUGGGUUCUGAUGGAGACAUUUCAUGAAGCCUGCUGAGAGGCGAGUGUCUCAGACUUUGUUCACUGCUUCAUGAACAGGACGACUUUAGCGUUGCAUGGUGUAAGAGUGGAAAUACAGAGUCUGGGGUCUUUUUAUUUGCAUAAGCAUGCCGUUAAGAGCAUUGCACUAAUCCAGUGCUGUCAGGCCAGAUAGAGAAUUAUUAUUAUUUUAAUCAUGUUUUUAUUUUAUUUUUUGUUUCACGGCGUCAGGGAAUGGUCCUGUGCCAUUUUGUACUCCAUAUAUAAUAUUUAUAUUUUAACUAUCCCUCAAAACAGCAACAGCAGAAUAAAAAAAAAGAAAAAAAUGAAAUAAAAUUGCACUCUCAUUGAUAAUACUUGAUACAUUCCCAGUCGAUCCAUGAGAGAGGUUUGAUGUGUGGCCAAAACUGUAAAAGUGUCAGUGCAAAGUUUACUCUCAAUAAAAAGAACUGAAAGUGUCGCUACACAUUUUGUGUAAUUUGCUCUGUGGCAGCAGUUUCACUUCAACUGCAAUCUGCUUCAAGCUGAAGUUGGCCGCUUUCAUGGUUUCUUCUCCUUGAUCCAUGCGAUCACUGAAGUAUUUUAUACUCCAUAUUGAGUCUAUCGUACAGUCUACAAUCAAGUAAAAUAAUUCAACAUUCUGUGCAUAAAUAUAAUACCGUAGAUUUACUCAGUUGAUUCCAAGUUUUUAAAGGGAUUUUCAGGAACAAGACAAAACUUAAUCAUUUAUUUCAUAUUGAACUACUGAUUGCCAGUACUUUCCUUAAGUAGUGAAACUGAAUGAAUUAAAAAUGUAGACAUGUCAGUCUCUACUACUGGAAAGGGAACUGAACCAAUCAAUGUCAUAUCAAUCAAACAUCUCUGUAAAAGAUUAACACAUAAAUUAACAACUCCAUUAAAUGUUUUUUCCUCCAAAUCUACAACUACAGCCUGAUUCAAGCUCCUGAAAUUGUGGACAUGCAUUUAUUAUUAUUUUUUUUUUUCCAUUUGGAGUGAUCAAAUUAUUUCCAUGAACACACCAAACAA